AUGCUUCUGUCUCAAGUACUUUUUUCUUAUUUAAAAAAAAAUACUAUCAAACUGGGAAAAUUAGUUAAUGGUAGGAAAAAUCAAGCUAUUGCAAGAAAUUUUAAAGAGAGGGCAGAUGAAUUUAUGAAAUCACCAAUGGGAAUGAGAUUUAAAAUGAUAAUUCUAACUGGUACAAUUACAAUUUAUCCAAUUGGAGCAUUUAUUGUUAAUGGACCUUUAAUUAAGUAUACAUUUCCUUGGCGUUUUAAUGUAUCAUAUGAACUUCCAGAAAAAUUAAAAAAAUUAAUUGAUGAGGAGUAUAGUAAUUUUUUAGAAAAACAAUCUCGUAAAAAAAAUGAUGCAGUUGUAAGAUUUUCUAUAAAUAAUGAUGAAUCAGUACAUGAUUCUACUUCAAAAUCAUCUUUAUCUAUUAGAUUUGGGGCAGAAAUAAGUUUACCAUUUUAUUGCCAGUUUGAGUCUAUUGAAGAAGCAACUGAAUAUUAUUGGGAUAGUAAAUUAGGACAAGAAAUUGUAGAGACUAUGUAUUUAACUGAUAGAGCAAAAAAAUUUUUAAUAACAAGAGACAUGUUUGCUAAUGAUGGUUAUCAGGCAUUUGCAAAUCGUCCUAUAAUUUGGACUGUCUGGACAAUGGUUUCAUCUUUUUUUGUUUUUGCAAUUCAUAAUAAAUCAAAAAUAUGUAAUAAAUCAGCAGUAUCAUUUGCUAUUUUAUAUUCAAUAAUGUUAGGAUUUUCAUCAUUUGGUAGUGCACAAUGGCAUCAAUUUUAUCGUUGUGUGCAAGAUUUACGUGGAGAUGAUGAAGUUUUACAUAUGAAUUCAAGUUAUUGUGAUGGAGCAAAAGAAUACUACAUUAAAAUGUUAAGAAGAAAUAGAUUAUUUAGAACCAUUAUGAAGGAUGGACUUAAUAAAAUUACUGCUGUUGGUGAUAUUAGAGGGACAAGUACUUCUAUAGUUGCAAGGUAUAAUUUAUUACUAACAAAACACUAA